AUGCGUCAGCAAGUAGUGCCGGCGUAUCACUCCAAGCAAACCGACGAGAACGCGCAAGUCUGCUGCGGGUGCGCGAUUCUGCCGCUGAGUACCACCGUACGAGGACCGGCCCCGCUGGCACAACCAGGGCGAGAAGACAUAGUGGAGGAGGCCUUGUACUACUUCCGCGCCAACGUGCUCUUCCGGAACUACCAGAUCGAGGGUUCCGCUGACAGGACUCUGAUCUACCUGACGUUCUUCAUCCAGCAGUGCCUAAAGGAGCUAGAGAAGCACCCCGGCAAGAAGGAAGCCUCGAGGGCACUCACGAACCUGGCGAUGCAGAACUUUGCCGCACCGGGGCAGGCAGGGUGGCACCUUGGCACCCUCUUCCCGGGGGGGACCUCAGCGCAGGAGACCGGUACGAGUCGUGCCGAUUGUUGUUGUCGUGCUUCGUGA